AUGGCGAAACUGUCUGCAAUUGCCGUUGCCGGGUCCGGCGACAUCGCCCGCUACCUGGCUGAGGAAUUUGUUCGUGAUGGUCAGCACGACUUUCACAUUAUCUCCCGCACAGAGCGACCUUGGUUUUCUGAACUUGGUGUUCAAUUCCAUUUGGUUUCAAGCUAUUCAAAGGAGAACAUGGUCGAGCUGUUUGACAAGUUCGAAAUCAGCACCGUCAUCUCGACUCUUACCGCAGGCGACGCCCCAGCAUUUGUCUCUUUACACCAGGACAUCUUGGAUGCGUGUCACCAAUCCUCAAAAUGCAAACGCUUAAUCCCCAGCGACUUUAUUGGUAAUGUCGAACGCUUCCCCGACCUUCCUAGAAGACACGCCGAUUCCCGUCACGCGUUUCGUAAAAUCCUUGCCCAGCAGUCAGAAGUCGAGUGGACCACGACAUCGGCGAGGGAUCUCAGCAAAGCGGUUGUGCAACUUGUCAAACAUCCAAAGUGGGAUCGGUACACUUAUGUCUAUGGCGAGACGGGAACAUGGCUUGAAGUGAUUCCCAAAGUUGAAAAGCUGUUCAACAUUAAAAUUGAGCAGCGUACUCCCAUUUCCCGUGAGGAGAUCGACAAGAUAGUUGAAGAUGGAUCGGAUCCUGAAAAACAGUAUAUUGCAAGCAUUGAUGAGUGGACAGUUGCUGGGGCAGGCUUGGUUCCGAUGGACGUUGCUGAGAAACAACGAGCGAAGUUUUUCGGGGAUGUCAAGUUUCGAACCAUUGAGGAGUUUAUACGGGAGGCUCAAGUUACCGAGUUUGUUUAG